AUGUCUGCGAGGGACAAUGGUUCAGAGGUGAUCGAGUUCAUCUUGCUAGGCUUCUCGGGCUCCCAGGGACUCCAUCUAAGCCUACUGGUGCUGUUCCUGCUGGCAUACAUGCUGACUGUCACGGAAAACGUGGUCGUCAUGGCCGUGAUCUGCACCAGCCCCCUCCUGCACAAGCCCAUGUACCUGUUCCUCAGCCACCUGUCCUUCCUGGAGACCUGGUACAUCUCAGUCACUGUGCCCAAGAUGCUGCUCAGCCUGGUGGCCCCCAAGUUCCGCCGCAUCUCCUUCGCUGGCUGCAUGGCCCAGCUGUACUUCUUCCUGGCGCUGGCCUGCACUGAGUGCGUGCUGCUGAGCGUCAUGGCCUAUGACCGAUACGUGGCCAUCUGCAGCCCCCUACGCUACCCCACUAUCAUGCAUCCCGGGCUCUGCAGCCUGCUGGCCACCGGCUCCUGGCUCUCGGGCUUCAGCAUCUCGCUGGGGAAGGUCUUCUUCAUCUCCCGCCUUGGCUACUGUGGCCCCAACAUCAUGAACCACUUCUUCUGUGACGUGUCCCCCCUGCUCAACCUAGCCUGCUCAGACAUGUCUGUUGCGGAGCUCGUGGACUUCGUGCUGGCCCUGCUCAUUCUGCUGGGGCCGCUGCUGCUCACCGUGUCCUCCUAUGUCAAAAUCCUCAGUGCCGUGCUGCGCAUCCCAUCCUCCACUGGCCGCCACAAGGCCUUCUCCACCUGCGCCUCUCACCUGGCCGUGGUGGUCAUCUUCUACUCAGCCUCUCUCUUCACGUACGCCCGGCCGCGUGCCGUCUACUCCUUUGACUACAACAAGCUGGUGUCCGUGGUUUACACGGUGCUCACGCCUCUCGUCAACCCCAUCAUCUACUGCCUGCAUAACCAGGAGGUGAAGACGGCACUGCGCAGGGUGGCACAGAAGGUGGCCCAGGCCCUGGGGGCCUCCACCUAG